CUCCAUAGUUUGGGAUGUGACCAGGUUGGCAACUCUGACCUGGAAUCUUGGUCCGCUGAUAAAGCGGUUUGAGUCUGACAACCUUUGACCCGUCCUAGUAAGUGAAGUAGAUUACUGCUCAGUCAAUGGUUCAAACCUCUGCCCUCUACAAUAUGCUGAUCUCAACUCUGUUGUUGGUUGCACUAUUCACCACAUCAUGUGAAGCUGCCCGCAUCUUGGCUCUGCUGCCCUACAACGCCCGCAGUCACUUUAUAGUGAUGGAGCCUCUCCUCCUGGAGCUACACAAGAGAGGGCACCACCUCACAGUAGUCUCCAGUUUCCCUCAGAAGAAGCCGUUGCAGAACUUCACGGACAUCGACCUGUCCUCCGACCUCCCUUCGGCCGUCAGCAGCUACAGCCUUUCUUCUAUAAAGGAACAGAUGCCUAACGUUUUCCAAACGGUUAUUUUUAUUACAGAAAUCCAUUUGGCUAGGUGUGAAACAGUGCUCGCGAAUACUAGAGUACAGACGCUUUUAAAUGAAAAGUUUGAUUUAGUUAUAGGAGAAAUAUUUGGCGCCGACUGUUUCAACUACUUUGCGUACAAACUGAAAGCGCCUCUCAUCAGCUGGGUGACCAGUACCGCACUUCCGUGGAUGGCGGAACGUACCGGUCUCCCCGACAACCCUUCGUACAUUCCUAACUAUUUCAUGGACUAUAGUACGGAGAUGAGCAUUUUCGAAAGAAUGUACAAUACGAUUACCCUCGUUUACGCUAAAUAUAUCUACUAUUUUUGGUCGGAACUUCAUUCACAUACUUUGGUAGAAAGGGUAUUUCGAGAGACGCUGCCUACCAUGGAGGAAGUAAAUCAUCUAACCUCCUUAGUGUUGGUCAACAGCCACUACACCCUCUCGCAAAGUCGACCGUUCACGCCCAACGUGAUCGAGGUUGGAGGCAUCCACAUCAAGGAAGUCCAACCUUUACCCAAGGACCUGCAAGAUCUGUUGGACAGCGCCAAAGACGGUGUGAUCUUGUUCAGUUUUGGGUCAUUGGUGCGGGUUUCUUCGCUGCCACCUGAGGUGAUUCGAAUGUUUUUGGAUGUGUUCGCCACUCUGCCUCAGAAAGUCAUCUUCAAAUACGAGGAGGAUCUUCCAGACGCUCCUCCCAACGUUAUUGUCAGCGCGUGGCUGCCUCAAGCAGACGUCAUCGCUCACCCUAACGUCCGGCUUAUCAUCACACAUUGUGGACUGGCCAGUACGAUAGAGGCUACGCACUUUGCCAAACCGAUAGUUGCCAUCCCCUUCUUCUCCGACCAGUUUCAGAACGCCAAGAAUGUGGUGCGUCGAGGCGGAGGCGUUCUGUUAGACAUCGACAAUCUGUCGCAGAAAGACAUCUCUGAUGCAAUCAAGACAAUCCUCAGUGACCCAAGCUACUAUGAGAAUAUGAAGCGACUUUCCUACCGCUUUCGGGAUCGGCCGAUGACGCCGCUGCAGACAGCAGUGUACUGGACAGAGUACGUCAUCAGACAUCAGGGAGCGCCACACUUGCGGCCGGCCUCUGUCAAUAUGCCGCUUCACCAGUACUUACUGCUUGAUGUUAUCGCAGUCCCGACUACAGCGAUUCUUGCAGUGUUACUUAUAUUGUAUUUUGUUAUAUAUCUUACUUUCUCAGCAAUGUGUGGAUCUGCAAAAAGAAAUGUGUCAAAACAGAAAGUAAAAAAGAGCAAAAAGGUAAACUGAUUGGUGAAGUAAGACGAGAUGUACUCUAUAACCUUUGUUUGAUAUUAUUUCAUUUUUUAAGGAGACUGAUAAAUAAAAUAAAAUGUGAACUUUGAACGAAAAGGUUACUGAAUAAUAAAACCUUAUUGUAAACUUUAAGUUUUUUUGCUACCGAAAACCCAAUUCAUAAAGUCAAUUUUUAAUAUUAUCUUUACGUUAGUAGUUUAGAAUAGCUGUGUUUUUUCAUUAGUUUUGGUGUCAAGAACUUAUUAAAUAAAGUUUUGAAGGGAAAUGCAUUUGCGAAUAUAUUUUGACCUUUUAGAAAUUAACUACGGCCUCUUAGUUACAAUGCCACUAACUUUUCCUGGAAAAAUUUAAUGAAAAUUAUUAGGUUAGUUCUGUCUUAAAACGGUAAUCUGUAUGAUCAACUUUGUAGUAGGUUAUGUAUCCUAUUUUGUAGUAUAUUAUAUAUGCUAUAACAUGUUUCUCACUUGAUUUUUUUAAAUCUGAUGUUAAUUUGAAACAUGUAUAAUAUAAGUAUAACACAUAGAUAUUAAAAGAGCCUGAUAUGUGUAAUAUGUUAUGUACUUAACAUUUUGUAUAAUGAAUACAUAGUUAAUUAUAAUGAUAAUAUUGCUUGGAGUAGUGAAUAAUAUAUAUUGUUAGUUAAUAGUACCGAAAUGAUAUUUGUUAAAAGUGUUCGUUGUAGCAUGUGUUUAUAUAAUGUUUGUAAUACAUCAAAAGGUAUUGUUUGUUUGACUGACAAUAAAUGUGAAAAAUGCCAAUCACAUUUAUCAGAAAUUAAAGUUUGUUAUAAAAUAUUAA